UUAUUUACAUGUCAGCCGGCAAGCGGUUUACAUCCGAUAUAUUAACAAUAUAUAAUCCAUCUUAUCAGAAUGUGUCUCUUUUAAUUUGUUGUUAUUUUUUGGGCCUCUGAUAAACCGAUAAUAGGUGUGAAAGAAGAAAGCCGUUUUUUUUGUGCUUCUUUCGUUUUAUGGAUUUGUGCAUACUUGACUAGCUGAUUUGUUUAUAUUCAAUUACUAAACUAUCAGCGGCAAAGCGUUUAUUCCGUUUGAAAAUAUAUAAAUAUAUUGAAACUGUAGUUUUCAACUUACAACUAAUCUUCUUCUUCUCCUCCAUCAUCCUCCUCUUCUUCUUCUUCUUCUUCUUCUUCUCCUUAUCCUCCUUCGCCUUCUGCUUCGGAACAAUUAGUAAAACUAGAAAAAAUGUUGAAAAAUCUCCUCUUGCUCGCUUUUAUCAGCUGCGUCUUUUGCAAAGAAUAUUACACAGUUGUCUUUGACGCCGGAUCAUCCGGAACUCGUGUUUACAUAUACAAAAUAAAGCAAAGGAUCAAUUUACUACCAGAAAUCAAAUUGGUAAUCAACCAUAAAGAAACUCCAGGUAUCGAUGAUAAAAAUAUCGAAGACGUUGAAAGUUAUUUGGAAAGUUUUACUCGAAUAAUAAAAGACAAUGUACCAGACAAUUUUAAAAAAUUCACUAAAAUUCACUUUUUGGCAACUGCAGGAAUGCGCCUUAGCAAGAAGACGGAGGCUCAUAGGAAAUUAGAUCGUGUUCGUAAAGUUUUACGAAAUUUAAAGCCUUUUCCAUAUGAUAAAUCAAACGUAAGAAUCAUGUCUGGAGAAGAAGAGGGUGCGUACACCUGGGUUGCUACCAAUUACCUAACUAAACAAUUGGAAAAUGCUAACAAAUCGCAAACAAUUGGCAUAGUCGAAAUGGGAGGCGCUUCUAGUCAAAUUGCAUUCUUAAAAGAGGGGAAUAUUUUAGCCAACUUUUUCCAGGCCCAAAUAGGCUUAAAACAGUUUCCUCUCUAUUCACAUUCCUAUUUACACUAUGGAAAAGAUAAAGCCCUGGAAUGGAUCAGAUCUUAUUUGAUGAGAAAGCAUAAGAAGGGUAUAAUUGAAGAUCCCUGUAUGGUUGAAGGAACUGAUGAUGGAAAAGAAUUUCGGGUGGCGAAUCGAACUUUUAAGGCAAAGCCGAAUUACGAAGAAUGCGUUCGCCUAAUCAAUUAUUUUAUAUACGAAGCUCCCGAUGAUCGAUGUUAUCCAACACCCUGCGCGAUUGGAACCACUUAUCAGCCAAAACCGGAUGAAAAUAUGAAAUUCUAUACUUUAGCAACAUUUUUCUGGUCGUUAAAGAAUUUAAAGUUACACGAUCAGAGAGAGAAUGUGAAAGAUUACGAUCAAGCGACCUUUACAAUUGAGAAUGUUAAACAAAAGAUCAGGAAAUACUUUAAUGAUUCUGAUCCAUUUAAAGAAUUAGAAAGAAAUCCUAAAUUUCCAUUAAGAAAGGAACUUUUUAGUUCGUUAUACGCAAUAGAAUUAUUAACAGAUGGCCUAAAUUUCAAAGAGGAUCGUGUAUUUACAGCCGUUAGCAAAAUAGGUGAUCAUUCAAUCGAUUGGACGUUGGGAUUGGCUUUACGUUUGGCCGAUUUCAAGAUCUGCGAUCAGAAAUCAACCCAAAUACAUCUUCUGAAGCAAGGUGGAACAUUGAUAUUUCCUUCAGUUGGUCUCUUAUUAAUAUGUCUCAUUACUGCGUAUGCUUUUACAAAAAAUACUUUGUUAUGAACUUGAAUAUUUUUCUCUAUGUAAGAAAAGAAAACAAAUAAACAAACAAACAAACAAACAAACAAACGAGCCGAGAGAAGAGAAAGAUGAGUUUUUCUAUUGGUUUCCUUAAAGGAAAGAUACAAUUAGAAAAUGUUGAUUGAAUAUAAAAUUCAGUUUUGUUUGUUUGUUUGAACAAAAAAAAGGAAAGAAAAAGGAAAAAAAGAGGGAAAAAAAAUUAUGUUAAUAUGGAAAAAGAGAACUUUAAAGAUUUAAUUAAGAAAAUAUUUCUGUGUAGGAAAAAUAUAAGAAGAUAAGAAGAGAAAGAAUAUCUGUUGUCUUAAUAUCAAUAUGAUUAUUACUAAUAUUAUCGCUAUUACUAUUGUUAUUUGAUUUGAAAACAAUGAAUGAAAAGUUUUUUUGUUUUUCUUUAUUUUCUUUCUUUCUCUCUGUCUGUCUGUCUGUCUGUCUGUCUGUCUGUCUGUCUCUCUCUCUCUCUCUUUCUUUCUGCUUUCCUUCCUCUCCUUUAAAAUAGAAGAACGUAUGUUCAGUAAAAAAUUAACGUAUUAAUAAGUGUUAAACUCUUUUCUUUAUGUUUUAAGCACAUUGUCUAUCAUGAUUUUACUGUCAUCUGUGAAUAUACGCUUUAUUAAACAAAGGAAAUAAUUGAUUUUGUUCUAAAUCAAUUGUUAUCUAAAUAAUCUGUCUAAAAUAAAAUUAAACAAGCUGACAAUACUGUAUGCUAAGUACUCGAAAGCUUUUUUCCGUUUCUCUACUAAGACACUAGGUGGCGUUAUUGAAUCGUAAUAAUAAAAAACAAAAAAAGUUUUUGUAGUGGGUGUUUUCGUCAUUAUUUUACGGAUGAGGAUUUUGGUUUGUUGUAUCCUGAUUAUUCCAUUAUUGUUAGCGAGCAAUAGAUGUGUAUAUAGAGUUAAUAAAGUCGAUAGAAGUAAUUUUUAUCAAAAUGAAAUCACUUUGGGUGGUGUUGAAAAAAUGAAGGUUAUUAAUAGUGAUUAAUUAUUCUCCUUAGUUAGCUAGCUAGCCAGCGAACGAACAAGAUUUAAUAGCUUAAAUUAAGAGAUUGUUGAAUACUACGCAUAGUAUACAAUAUAAUCAAUUACAUAGACACGUCUGUUCAAUAGGAAAUCAUCCUGGCCAAAGAUGCUUUUUAUUCUUUUCUUAUUCUCUUCUUACAGAAAUGAAAUAAAAAGGAGAAAUAUCAAUUAAAUAAAAAAAACAAUUAAAAAAAUAACAUAACGUAAUGACGUAAUUAUAUAACAUUUCU